AUGUACAUUGUUACAGAAGAAUUAAUGACCAAUACUUAAGAAAUAUUUCAGAAAGAGACCUACAAUCAUCUGAAAAUGCUCAGUUACUUAGAAAAAUAUUCAACUUUAGAUGUGUUUGAUGAUAGUACAAGACAGCUUUUAUCAAUUAAUUAGUUGUAUAAGUUGAUAGAUAAAGAUUUCCACAUUGAGAAGCCAUAUGAUUGCUUAAAUAACUAAUAAUACAAUGAUUCAUAUGCUUAUUUUUUUUCUUUUUGCUAUGCUUUUUGUAAUUUGACAAAUGGAUUAAAUAUAAGUAAAUACGAGAAUAUGUUAAAAUUAACAUCCUUAUUAACUGAAACUCUGAGAAUUUAUGAUCUGUAAUUAAUAACAUUAAUGGCCCAUGUAGGUGAUGAACAGUUCUUUACAUAAAAUAGAGGAUAUGCUAUUAGCAAUUACUAUCCUCAUACUAGAUAAUGGUAUAGGGAUCAUAUGGCUAAGAUGGGAACAGGAAAGAAGAUAAUAGUUAGUGAACCUUAUGUCUCAUGGAUUGAUGUAGUUUUCAUUUCUUAAACAACAAAUUUGUCUCACACAGAAUUCGAAGGCCUGAUUGGUCAAGACCUCGAUUUUACAAGGAUGCCCAAGAUUUAAACCAAUACAUCAUAGUAUUAUAUAGUGGAUAGCAGUGGCAAUAUUGUCAUAAGUGAUCUUUAUGCUGGAGGGGUAAAAGUGUUAAUAAAAAUGUACAAUUAAAGUUUAACAGGUUUUAAUGAAACUGAUUGGAAUAAUCUAAUCCAAAAUGAUGGAAACAUUUUUUAUAUAUACAACAGUGUUUAUAAGAAAAAUAUUAUCGUUUUAAAGACAGAACUGAGUGAAUUAAAUUACUUCUUAUUUGUCGUUUACGAUGGAAGUUAAUAUUUAAGUCAGCAAGAAGAAAUUUACAAUAAGUAGAUUGGGUUUUAGAGCGACUCAAUUUAUUUGUGUGUAAAGUUAUUUGGAACAUUUUUCCUACUGUCUAUGUUGGUUUAGAUCGUGAUAAUUAAUUAUUUAAUGAAAGAUUUAAAGUAGUUGGAAAUGAUGGCUACAAAGAAAAUAGUCUAUUUCUGCAAGAGCACUUUUUAGUUAACAGAAAAAAGGUUCACUUCCACUAUAGCUCGAUUAUAUUAUGCAUAUACCAAUUUGAUAAAUAAUUUUGAUUCAAAUGGAUAGAUAAGGAAGAAUGAAUUAUGCUCAAAAAUUCAAUCCAUAGAAUUUCCCCAAAAGUAUAGAAAUUUGAAAACUAGGAUUUCGUGUGAAAUGAUUCCAAAAAAAAAAAUUUAUAAUAAAACUUAAUUACUUCAAUACUUUGUGUAUUUUAAAACAAAGGCACUUUUUGAUUAAUGA